AUGUUUUCGUUCGGCCAGCACGUGCGUGCACACGUGAACAGCAUCGAGGAGCGUCAAAGGCGAACGCUCUCGGAUGUGUCCAACUCCGCGGGCAACGCGAACAACGAGAGCUGCGGCAGGGCUGCAAGGCAACUAGAGCAGCAACAGCAGGGGAAGAAUAACCCAACGCUCGAGACCCAGGAAGCUUUUCUACAGUAUUACCAGGCGGCGAUGCCUCCGGCGACUCACAUGUCGUACGAAGACUUCGAGCUCAAGCGUCGACAGCAAUAUUUCGAGCUUCAGCGCCGCCAGCGGGAGUUAGAGAGCCUGGUCAAGCUCCUGCAGGAGCAGAACCACCAGCUGCGAAGAGAGAAAGAUAGGACGCUUGAGAUAGAAGAGCUGCAACGGGAGCAAAGAUCCGAAAGUACGCAGGUAGCUCUGGGCCCCGACAGCACGGAAGUAGCAAGCUUGCGGAGCGAACUGGCGACCGCGCGCGGUGAAGCUUCCAAGGCUACGGCUUCUGCCGCUGCCGCUAGUCGAGCCGCAGCCAGCGCCGAGGCGACUGCUGCUGAAUGGAGGGCAGAGCUGAGCGUGUUGAGAAAACAGCACGCGAGAUCGGCGUCGGAGUGGAAGAGGGAGGCGGCCGUUUUGGAGCAUCGGGUCGCGGCCUGGCGGCGGCACGCGCAGGAGCAAGAGCGGCAAGUCAAGGCUCUGAGAGAGCAGGGAUGUGUUCGAGAGAGGGAGAAAGAACGAGAGAGAGAAGGCGUUGCCGCGGCGGGCGCUCUUGUGAAGGAAGUCGUGGUCAACCGUUUUUUCGGGGGUAGCGUGAAACCAGCAACGGACUCGCAGGAGUGCUUCUUCGGGGGUAGGGUAAAGGUUAAGAAGGCAGCGACGGGCAAGGGGGAGGCAGAGAGACCCAGCACAGCUAAGCAACAGGUGGCGGAGGUGGUGACUCCGAGGAAGGAGGCGGAGCGUAAGGCGGUGCCGUUUGAGGAUCGCGUCGAGGAGCUGGAGAAGGAGCUGUCAGAAUCACGCCGGGUCUUGAAGCGAUCAAAUUCAGCAGCGUCCAUUUCGACUAUUUUGUCCGCUGUGUCGUCUUCGACCAGCAGCGAGGGGGGGGACGGCGAGGGCGAGAGCGAAAACGAGAGCGAGGAGGAUGUCAAGGACAAGGACAAACAAAAGGACAAGUUGGUGGAGACGAUGACCCUGCUCAAAGACGCCGAGAAGGCGAUGCGAAUGGCACGGGGCGAGCUUGUUGGCAAGAACGAGCGCUGCAAGCAACAGGUUGGAAAGGAUGCUGUGUCGUUUUGCGAGGCCAACAACACCAACACAACCGUCGCCUUGGACCACCAGCCCGGCUGCAACGCCCCCGCUACGGGCGUGGAAUGUGGCAAGGCGAGGCCGCUGGUUGGUGGCCGGGGGGAAGGAGCAGAGGAGGGCAGCGCCAUAGAGGCGAUGGCGACAACCGCAGACAAGUCUGGUGGGGAAGGGGAAGGUCAAGGGCAGGACAUGUCGGCUAAGGUCGCGAAGAUGCAGUCAGAGCUGGACGGCCUUCACGCGGUGCUAGACAACCUGUCCGCCAAGAGAGCGGCCGCCGCUCUUGGGGGAGCCGCGGCUGGGAGGGAGAGGGGGGCCAACGGAGUGGACCUGUCGGGCAAGAUUGAAGCGAUGCAAGCAGAGUUGGACAACGUGCUCCUGCUAUCAAGGAGGGAAGGCGUGUCUGGCGACAGGAAAGAUGCCCUCGAGGACCCCGGCCGCGGUGGUGAUGCAGCGCAGGGUGCCGUCGACGAUAGGCCGACGACGGAGACUAACACCAGGGAGACAGCCGCCGCGCCGGGGAAGCAGAAACAGAGCCAGGGAGAGGUGAAGGUGCUGAGAAGCUGCCACAGGCGGCGGGACCAGGUGAAGCGGGAGAGGCGGGAGGGUCGAGGGGAGAGCGAGGAAAGGAUAUCGAUGGCGACCCACUUCGGCUACCCUAGCUGUAUAUUCCAGCCCUUCUUAUGA